UUUAAUAUUAUUAAAAUGUGCCGAUGCAUUGACUCGGCUGCAUAUUUAGUCUGUCUGUUCAAUUAAUUGCAUAAACUUGGUACCAAAGGUAUUAUUUACUAGAAAAUAAGCAAUGCCUGAUCAACUGGACCACAGUUUAGAAUGUUUUUUUUUAAUUCCUGUGAGUCAUACAGCUCUGGCUUGUCUCUCUCCCUUACUCCGUGUGGGAAGCUGAUGGACAUGAAGUCCAGGCAAACGGCCCGUAUGAAAGGGUUCUGGACCAGAGCCAAGGAAUGGGCACAAAAAGUCAAAAAGUCCCGCAAUCAGGCAAAGAUUUUUGACAACAGUGCCCUGCUGGUGAAACUGAAGGCCCUUGGGUACUUUCCCCUCCUGAUAUGGGGAAAGUAUAGACCACAAAACAAAAAGUGGAUGGGCCAGCUCCAGUGCCCCUUCGAGCUGCCAGUGGUAGCCCAUGCGAUCCUGGAGAAGAUAUUGUGCUUAUUUGAAGGUUUGUUAGAAGCAUGUUAUCCUGAAAGAGAGGAGAUGGGGCAGCAAGAGAGGACAGGAGAAGAAGAUGAGUCAGAAAGAGAAAUAGAUGAUGAAGACCAGAGAGUACAUGGGGGGCAGCGUAAAAUAGGAGAGACUGAGUUGAGGGAUAGGCAGGAGAUGGAGAUAGAGGCACAGGGAGAGAGAGUAGAGAGUGAGCGAGGAGAGAUAGAGGUACAGGAAGACCAAGUGGAGAGACUAGAGAUGGAGGAACAGGAAGAGAGAGUAGAGAGUGAGAGAGGAGAGAUAGAGGUACAGGAAGACCAAGUGGAGAGACGAGAGAUGGAGGAACAGGAAGAGAGAGUAGAGAGUGAGCGAGGAGAGAUAGAGGUACAGGAAGACCAAGUGGAGAGACGAGAGAUGGAGGAACAGGAAGAGAGAGUAGAGAGUGAGAGAGGAGAGAUAGAGGUACAGGAAGACCAAGUGGAGAGACUAGAGAUGGAGGAACAGGAAGAGAGAGUAGAGAGUGAGAGAGGAGAGAUAGAGGUACAGGAAGACCAAGUGGAGAGACGAGAGAUGGAGGAACAGGAAGAGAGAGUAGAGAGUGAGCGAGGAGAGAUAGAGGUACAGGAAGACCAAGUGGAGAGACGAGAGAUGGAGGAACAGGAAGAGAGAGUAGAGAGUGAGAGAGGAGAGAUAGAGGUACAGGAAGACCAAGUGGAGAGACUAGAGAUGGAGGAACAGGAAGAGAGAGUAGAGAGUGAGAGAGGAGAGAUAGAGGUACAGGAAGACCAAGUGGAGAGACGAGAGAUGGAGGAACAGGAAGAGAGAGUAGAGAGUGAGAGAGGAGAGAUAGAGGUACAGGAAGACCAAGUGGAGAGACGAGAGAUGGAGGAACAGGAAGAGAGAGUAGAGAGUGAGCGAGGAGAGAUAGAGGUACAGGAAGACCAAGUGGAGAGACGAGAGAUGGAGGAACAGGAAGACUUUGAAGAGCUGGCACUGAUGGAGACAGAGAAGCAGAGAGAACAGGCAGAGGAAAUGGGGAAAAAAGAGAUUGAGGCAAAGAAGAAAGUAGUAGCACCAAACAGGAAGUCAACUGUCAAGAUUUCAGCGAAAAGGACAAGGAAAAGAAGCCAAAACAAUGAUGAUGCUCACCCGUAUCACAGCACACUGGACAUUUUCCCAGUGCAAUAUGUGUCCAAGACACGUGAAAAGAAGAUGCACAGCAAUACGGAGAAAAUUCUGUACGACUCCAAAAGGCCCGGCCCCCAUCUUGGGAACCGCAGGAGAACACCAGAAUGACUGUAUCGUAAAGGAAAGUCUGCUGAAAAUACUGUUGUCUCAUUGAUGGUGCAAAGAAACAAAUGUUGUGUCCCUUAAACUGGGCCAUGUGCACAACAUUAAAGUUGUAUUGCAUAGAAUUGAUUACAAUCUAAUUAAACAGUAUUUGUUUUAUAAAUCAGUUUCAUUAUUUGUUCCUUAUGCUGGGUGUUGGGAAGGACUUCAUCACAUCCAGUAUUUCCAUUAUCCAAAAGACCAAUCGUUGUAUUGUGCAGUUUGCCUUUCCACUACCUUCCACCCAGAGAAACUAGUUUGCAUUGUCUGGCACUUCCUAUGAGCAUUUCACAAUAAAAGUUCUGUUGUUUCUGCUCCUCUGAAAAAUAGGAAGUGAUAUUUUCACUAGAGUACUUGAGGGUGUAUGAAUAUCUUUCAUUUAGUCCUGUGACAAAGUUUCAUUUUCACCUCAUUCUGGCCCCAUAUAUUCAAGCUAUUUAAUCAAGCACAAUCACGCCUGUAUGUACAAUAGUAACCCCAAAACUGUAAAAUACCAAAAUAAUAAAAGUUUACACACAAAAAGAUAUCCCUCUAUAUUCAUAUUGAGCAAAACGUAUGACAUAAUACCUAUUUUUAGCAUUUACCCUCUUUUAACAUAAAACAUUCACAUUUAUGGGA